GCCUCGCUUUUCGGUGCACCAGUGUGCCACGCCGCACACGACCGACUUGUUGACCAGUGAAAGUGCCGGAUAAGUGUUGCGAGUGAAAAUAAUCGGGUCGCUCUGCGAAUAAUGACUGGGAUUCGCCCGUGUUAAUGGCCGGCUAACGCGUGUCGAACGGGCUCCUGGUUGAUUUCUAGUGCCGCGUGAGGAAAUAGGCGGAUCCGUGUGUGUGUGUGUGUGUGUGUGUGUGUGUGUGUGUGUGAGUGUGUGAGUGUGUUUGUGUGAGUGAGUGACUCUGGCUGGUUCUCGUCACCGGUUCAGCGUUGGUUCUGUGAUACGCGAAUGUGCCACGAAAAGGCCCCGGACUGUGCCCCCGCACGGGAAAACGCGACCAUGGCCAGCAGCAGUUGCUCCUACCCGUCGGCCCUGCACUACCAGCAGUCGAGUGGUUCCGCUGGGACGAAUGGCUACCUCGCUCCGGACGCCAAGGUGUGCGACGGUCUGCUCCUGCAGUCCUCGCUCGGGGUGGUGCAUAGCAGAGCCAGCUCCGUCGGCGUGGGCGUCGGCGUGGCCUGGCCCAGUGACCAGGAAAUCCUGGAGCAUCCGGGCCUGAGGGGCACCCCGCUCGCCAUGCUGGCGGCGCAGUGCAACAAGCUGUCCAGCAAGAGUCCGCCGCCGCUGGCCGACGCCGCGGUGGGCAAGGGCUUCCACCCCUGGAAGAAGAGCCCCAGCGGGGGCGGCGGCCAGCCCGGCCACCAGCCGCCCACCAGCAACAGCACGACCAACAACAAUAACAACAACAGCACCAGCAAUAACAACAACAACUCUACCUCCAACAACAACAACAGCCUGCCCGUGUCGAGCGGCAGCACGACGCAGAGCACGGCGUCGCAGAGCGCGGCGCGGCAGAUGUCGGGCCAGGGCGGCGCGGCGGCGUACUCCAGCAGGCAGAUGACGACGCCGGGAUCGGCCGCGGCGUGCGGCACGGGCUACGGCGGCGACCUGUACUUCUCGGGGGCGGCGGCGACGGGCGGCCAGCAGGACCUGUACUCGCGGCACCCCUACGAGGCGUGGCCCUUCAACGCGUCGCACCACGGCGCCAUGAAGGGCGACAACAGCGCCUGGUGGGACGUGCACCAGGCCGCGGCCGCGGGCUCCUGGCUCGACAUGUCGUCCGGCGCCGUGCACGCGCAGAUGGCCGCCGCCAACUACGCCGCGGCGAGCUCGGCGGACUACUCGACGCUGGGCCACACCGCGCACCCGCUGGUGGGGCAGCACCUCCUGCAGGACUACAAGACGAUGCAGACGGCGCCCGGGUUCACCUCGCUGGGCCACCACGCGGCGGCCGCCGCGCACCACCACCCGACCACCACCUCCACGCCGUCGCCGGCCACGUCCACCUCCACGGCGGCGUCCUCGCAGGCGGCCGCGUCGCCGUCGCCGCGGUCGCAGCGGCGGUACACCGGCAGGGCGACGUGCGACUGCCCCAACUGCCAGGAGGCGGACCGCCUCGGGCCGGCGGGCAUCCACCUCCGAAAGAGGAACAUCCACUCGUGUCACAUCCCGGGGUGCGGCAAGGUGUACGGCAAGACGUCGCACCUCAAGGCGCACCUGCGCUGGCACACGGGCGAGCGCCCCUUCGUGUGCAACUGGCUUUUUUGCGGCAAGCGGUUCACGCGGUCGGACGAGCUCCAGAGGCACCUCCGGACGCACACCGGCGAGAAGCGGUUCGCCUGCCCGGUCUGCAACAAGCGGUUCAUGCGCAGCGACCACCUCGCCAAGCACGUCAAGACCCACAACGGGUCUGGCGACGGGGACGGAGACGGCUCCAAGAAGGGCAGCUCCGAGUCGUGCUCCGACUCGGAGGACAACUCCCAGCUCGAGAUGGGGGGCGGCGUCAAUUCGCCCGCCUCCCUAGGCCACACGCACACGCCGCCUCCCAUGGGGCUGUCGGUGGCCGGGCUAGAGGAUGUCAAGCCCCAGGGCCUUGUCUGAAGUUCGUGGUCGCCGGCACUGAUGUACCAGUAGCCGGCGCCGUCCCCGGCUGGCCUCGC